AUGAAGAAAAUCAACAAUUUCGCUUCAGGCAUUUCGUCUGCUGUCAAUUCACCUAUUCCUACCAGCUUGAAAGGCGAAUGCAAAAAGGCCGCAAAGAUUCUCAACAGUUUUCUGGAUCCUGGGCAAGGCAUGGAUAAGAUUAUUCCAGAGAACAUCUUGGAGAAAGCACAGGGUUUAGCUAUCUAUACUGUCCUCAAAGCAGGUUUCUUGUUCUCGGGACGUGCAGGAAGUGGCAUUGUGAUUGCAAGAUUGCCAGAAGGAGGGUGGUCUGCACCUUCUGCCAUUGGCACUGGUGGCAUUGGCGCAGGUGGCCAAAUUGGCGCUGAAUUGACUGAUUUCGUGCUUGUGUUGAAUACCCAAGAAGCUGUCAAGACAUUUUGUCAAUUGGGUAAUGUCACUUUGGGUGGCAAUGUGUCAGUCGCUGCGGGUCCCAUCGGUCGUAAUGCUGAAGCUUCAGGAAGUGCCAAUCUCAAGCAUAUUGCCGCCAUCUAUUCUUACAGCAAAACCAGAGGUUUGUUUGCAGGCGUAUCAUUAGAAGGAUCUGUGGUAGUUUCAAGAGGAGAUGCGAACGAGAAGUUGUAUGGACAACGUGUUACCGCCAAGCAAUUAUUGACGGGCGCCAUACCACCACCACCUGAGGCUGAUGCAUUGUACAGAGCAUUAAAUGCCAAGUUCCACACUUUGGGCGAGCAAACAUAUUCAGCACGUAGCAUGACCAGCGAAGAUGGAUCUCCCCGCUCCAUAGGGCGCAGUAGCGGUACAUUCAAGAGCACUCACAUUUCCGCACCAGGUACAUUGAGACAACCACCUCCAGUUCGACAACAAGGCGGAUACGGUGCUCCUAUAGCUAUACAACAACAGCCCUACAAUCCAACACCUUCAUCUCCACCUUCCUAUCAACCACCCGCUGGAAACAAUUACAACAACAGCUAUGGACAAGAUAUCAAACCCUCCGUCAACAAUAGCUACAAUAACAACAAUUACAACUCUACUCCUAAUAAUAACUACAAUACUAAUACUCUCGCAAGUCAAGCUGCUGCUAAAAGAGCACCACCUCCACCUCCACCUAGCAGAAAACCUGUCGUGGCACCAUCAGAACCUACUGCAAGAGCACUAUAUGCAUUUGAUGGGCAACAACAGGGUGAUUUGAGCUUCCAGGAAGGAGAUGUGAUUACCAUUGUGCAAAAGACAGAGAGCCAGGAUGACUGGUGGACUGGAAAGAUCAACGGUAGACAGGGCAUUUUUCCAGCAAAUUAUGUUCAAUUACAGUAG